GAAGAGCGGAGGGCCCGGCCCACUGCGGCAGCUGGCACAGCCCAGGACUGGCAGGGGUCGCAGGGGGAAGGGAGGAGUUUGCAGAGGCUGUGGUCACGGAGAGGGCAGUCAUGCACCCAUCCGGACAGGUGCAGGGGGAUACUCAAGGACAGCUCUGAUGACCGAACACGGCGAGGACGGGCAGCGAAGGGCCCAGGGAGACGAGACGGGGAACAGUUCCCAUCAGGGCCCGGGCCUGCCAUCCUGCCUGGACUCUUGGACUCCUGAAUGAUGAGGCUGCUAUUCGCCAUCCUCCUAUUGACCACUGCUGGCCUGCAGCUCGUCCACGCCCUCCAGUGCCACGUGUGCAGCCACCCAAACAACUGCAUGCAACCCAUGCGGUGCCCAGCCCUGGUCACCCACUGUAUGACCACCCGCACGUACCAGACCCCGACCCGCAUCCUGGUAUCCAAGUCCUGCGUCCCCAAGUGCUACCCGACGGUGGAAGACAUCUACACCAAGUAUGCCACCCACGUGACCUGUUGCCAGUACGACCUGUGUAACGGGGCAACCCCUGCACAAAGCAGCCCCAUCACCCUGGGGCUCGGAGUGUUCACCAGCCUGCUCUGCACGCUCCUCUGGGCCGGGCUGUGAAGAGACUGGGAGGGAGUGGAUGACAUUGCCAUCCCCCCAAAAUCUCGGCUGAGACUUCUCCCCGGGAAAAGCCGACUCCGACAGCUUGAUACCCCUCACGGGGGUCUCAGUAGCUUUGCUUCCCUCUCUCUCUCCCCGGCUGGUCUCCGGGGUCGAUCCUCCUGAUGUCCCCACUCUCCUGAUGUGGGGAAAAUCAGAUUGGGGAGCAAGAAGCCUGGUCCUCCACCCCCACCCCUGCUCUGUAUGGCUCCCCUUCUGCCUUUUCCCAAACCCCCAAACCUCUUGGCUGCUAUUCCUCUACAAAUCGUACCAAUUCCAGCCCAGGAUUUCCCAGGAAAGUCUCCAGCCGAAUUCGUGCGGUGGUUGGCCAGAGUGGGGGUGAUGUCUUAGAGCCUUCAGAAAAGGAAGGGGGCACCCCUCCAGUUCACCAGUCCCCCCAAAUAUUCCCACCUGGGCUGUGCCGGUCUGAAUCAAGAUCCUUUUCAAAAUGGUCGACACAACCUCCACAUCUAGAGUGGAGGCCAAAGAUGCCUGAGAUCCCCAAAGUUGCCCUGCGCGGGCCUUGUGGGCCAGGAGAGAAGAUUUUGGGGACAGGUUACCUCAGGACUUGGACCCCCCAGGAUCCUCUAUGUUACUGGUUUUGAAUGGUGAACCCAUGGAGGAUGCUGGCCUCUGUUUCCUUAGAGCAGGCUCUCGGCCCUGAUACGUGGCCGGGUGUCCCAUUGCUGGUCCUGGGAUCGAGAGACUCAGUGCCCCUGAGGACCAGGACUCUGAAGGAGCCGCUUUGGCCCCACCUGUCUGGUUUGGGGCAGGACCCAUCUCUAAGCCCGCUCUUUGUUGAAGGCAUCCUGUUCCAGGCCCACAGACAACGCGGACUCUCACCUUUGGGAGCAGAAACCCCUCGCCUCCCACUGCCCCAAGAAGCCACUCUUGACUCUGAGGGUGUCAGAGGCCACAGUUGUUCAAAGGACAGGCCUGCCCCAACCCCAACUGUGCCUGGUCAGGGAACCCAGGACCACAGUAGUGGAUGCUCUUUGUGGUUAUUUCAGCUGGACAGCCAGAGAAAGGGUGCUGGGGAAACAGCUAGUGUUGGGGGGAGACACAGGGCUGCUGGCCUCCCCCCGGACCCAGGGGAGUGGCCACCUGGACUAGAGUUUGGGAUCCUUUCCAGUACAGUUGUGGCGGGGUCUUGUGCCGGCCAGGGGAUGACCACGGGGUGCCUUCCUAGCCUGGUCAGGUUGGCCGACCACUGUUGCAUCCAUCCCCAGGAAGGAGAGCUGCCAAGGGUGGCCUGGGGCCUAGGAGAUCCAGGAGCCAACAUGACUCCUUUUGGGCAACCCAAGCCUGCCCAACCAAAGCCCCCAUGUUCCCCUGACCCCAGGGCCUGCUGGGGGAUCCUGGGGAUUCUGGGUUUCCCUUCCUUAUCCGACCCCAGUGCUUGAGAAACAUUAAGCAACUUCAAUCUUG